AUGUGGCAUGACUAUAUGAACCUAGGGAGGCUGCUGGAGAAACUGUGUGACGUUGCAGAUCGGACAGCGACCACCUGUACCCAGUUAAAGGAGCACGGGCCGGACGCAGAGGACCACCAGACCGGUCGCCAGGACCAACAGUGGUUUCGUCUGAAUUCCAUCGGGACUGAGAGCCUGAGUUCUGCAAGCAGCAUUUCAGGCAACACGAGCCACAGCCUGGCUUCCGGUGAUUACUGCGGCUUCUGCAAGCAAAAUGGAGAAACGGCAGAGAUCUUCCGGAGCCACAAACUGAAAUCCAAAGACAGCAAAGUCAUCUGCCCCAUUCUGAGGAGCUACAUUUGUCCUAUGUGUGGCGGCACCGGAGACAACGCUCACACACGCCGGUACUGCCCACAGCGCAACGGCGUGGUGCCGAAAUACUGGGGGACUGGAGUAGAAAACAGGAGGAAAAUCAAUCUGUAA